AUGUAUAAGUUGCCCUCUCGUUGGUUUUCCAUAGGGAGACCCUUACUAUCUCAGACAGGUUCAUUGAAAAGUAUAAGUCUUGGUCCAAAGCUUGCCGCGAAGCAAUUUAUAGAUCCUGGAACCCCUCAAAAGAAGGAAAAGAAGUUGAGAAGAAGGGAGAAAAGAUUAAAGAAACAAAUCAUACGAGAUGUCAACACCUUGAAGCAGUAUGAAGCAAAGAAUGUUCCCUUUCAGGUAGAUCCUGUCUUGGGUGACCCUCAAUGUCAAUUUUUCUCCCGAAUUAUGCAAAAAGUUGAAGAUCAGGACACAAAUUUGGCUAAUGAGGUUGAUCGUUCAGAAAUGGAGAAGCUCUUGUACGCAGCAGAGAAGUUGUCUCUUGAAAACUCAUCAAGCAAUGAAGAAAUACGCCGAGAGGUACAACAAGUCGAAGAAAAUAAAAGGAAAGCUGUGUUGACUAUUUUGAAUUUGAAAAAUACCAACAACCAAGACAAGAAGAAAUUGGCAAUCAAGUAUGCGCGUGAGGAAUUACAAAGAGAACCUGGUGACACUGCAUCCCCAGAAGUUCAGGCAGCCGUGAUGACGGUCAAGAUCCAUUUUGGAAUGAGACACGUAAAGGAGAACAAGAAUGACCAUGCCACUACAAAAAUCGUCCGUGAAUUGGUUCAGUAUAGGCAGAAGAUAUUGCGUUAUUUGAAAAGACAGGAUCCCAAAAAAUAUUAUUAUGCAAUCGCAAAGUUGGGUUUGACUGAUGAUGUUAUUACCGCCGAGUUCAACAUGGGAAGACAAUACUUACAAGAAUACAAGGUAUGGGGUGACAAGAUAUUGGUCAAGGAAACUCAAAGCACCAAGAGGAAGAACUUGAGAAUAAAGAAACUUCGGGAUAGAGUCAGCGAGUAUCAUGAUUUGGCCAAAAGAAAUUACGAAAUCAUGCAAAAGGAGAAUCUUAUUUAG